AUGGGGACAGGAGGACAAAGACGAGGAACACAGUCCUGGUGGGUAGCCCUCAGUUUCUCUGUGAUGCUCUGCUGCGUGGAGCGGGUUUCUGCUCAGAUAAAAUAUACAAUUCCAGAGGAAGUAAAACUUGAAUCUGUUGUUGGAAAUGUGGCCAAGGACCUGGGCUUGGACAUCAGCUCGCUGGAGGAACGACGAUUUCGCAUUGUAUCUGGGACUGAGGAUGGUCAGUUUAAAGUAAACGCGAACAAUGGGGUGUUGUAUGUUAAUAAGAAUGUCGACCGAGAACAGCUGUGCGAUAGAAGUGGUGCCUGUUUAAUAGAUCUGAAAAUCGUUGUUGAAAAUCCACUUGAGGUCCACUAUGUCACUGUGGAAAUAGUGGAUGCUAACGACCAUAUGCCAAAUUUUGCAGAGAAGAAAAAAGUAAUAGAAAUAGCAGAAACGACAUCGCCAGGAGCACGAUUUCAGCUACCAGGCGCCCGUGAUCCAGAUGUUGGAAUAAAUUCCGUCCAGCGCUACAAACUCAGUCAGAACGAUCAUUUUCAUCUUGAAAUUAGAGAUAGAGGGGAGGAUAAAAUCCCCUUUCUUGUGUUGCAGAGGCACUUGGACAGAGAGCAGAAAACAAAUCAUAGCUUGAUUUUAACCGCUUUAGAUGGGGGGACACCUGCAAGAUCAGCAAACCUAAGUCUGAUCAUUAAGGUUCUUGAUAACAAUGACAACAGGCCUAUUUUUUCACAGGAGGUUUAUUCUGCUACACUUCAAGAAAACGCCGCAUUAGAUACGGUUAUAAUAAAAGUCCAAGCAACCGACCUGGACGAGGGAAUUAAUGGGGAUGUGGAAUAUUCCUUCGGGGGUGAUAUUAAUUCCAACGUGUUAAAACUGUUCAGUCUGGAUAGGCAUAAUGGAGAAAUUACAGUAAAGGGACAGAUUGACUAUGAGACGGCUGAUGUGUACAAGCUGGACGUUCAAGCCUCCGACAAAGGUCAGCCGCCGAUGACAACUGAUUGUAGAGUCAUAAUCAAGAUCCAAGAUGUCAACGACAACAAACCAGAAAUAGAAGUGACAUCAAUAUCCAGCAUGGUCCCAGAGGAUUCAAAACACGGGACUGUGAUUGCACUUAUUAGUGUUGAAGACGGAGAUUCGGGGUUGAAUGGCAAAGUUGUGUGCCGUCUGACAGAAAAUGUACCAUUCGAACUAAAACCAUCAUUUAAAGAAAAUAUGUAUUCAUUAGUGACAAAAGAAACACUAGACAGAGAAGCUGUGUCACAUUAUGACGUUUCAAUAACCGCGACCGACUGCGGGGAGCCUCCCCUGUCCACGUUCAAAACUUUGAGCAUUCAGGUUUCAGACGUGAAUGAUAACCUCCCAGAGUUCCCGCGAGGUCCACUAGAAUUAUAUUUGAGGGAAAACAAUGCUCCUGGCGCAUCUAUAUAUUCAGUGAGCGCCUCCGAUAAAGACUUAAACGACAAUGCCGCAGUGACCUACAGUAUAGUCAGAGGGGAAGGGGGCCAUAAUGACAUGGCAUCUUUUCUGAAUAUACAUUCAGACAACGGACACAUCACAGCACUGAAAAGUUUCGACUUUGAAACGCUGAAAACUUUCCAGUUCCAAGAAGAGAGGCUUUGGCUCAGAUACGAUACUCUGUUCCAGAGGAGGUACAAGAGGGAACUGUUGUUGGAAAUGUUGCUAAGGAUCUCGGCCUGGACAUCGCUUCCUUGA